GGAGGAAGUCUCAAGUCCCGAGUCUUCAAGAAGAAGAAUCUGAAAUCUUCACCCAAUCAGGUUUACGCGAUCAUCCUCGAGAGCUGCAAAUGGAGUCCAGUGCUGAAGGAGGUGAUUGAGAAGUCUGAGCUUCUCAAGCUUGAGCGCAAGCUCACCCCUAUUCUGUCAUUACUUCUCGUACAUGACCUCUUAUUGGCCAAGAGGGGGAUCGCCCUCCCGCAAAGUCAUGGGCUUCGUGCAUCCAUUGAACGGCACAAGGCGAGGCUUAAUUCAGAAUUCAAGCUUGCUCGGCUCCGAAGGAAGAUGCCGACGCUCGAGGCCCUGAAGGAGCAGAUCGAGAGGCAGUCAGCUGGCGAGGAAGCGAACUACCCGAGGUGGGUUCGCGUCAACGCGGUGAAGAGUACCCUGGAAGACCAGCUGGAGACGACCUUUUCGACCUACGCGAGAGCCAGCUCGAUCCAGGAAGUUGUCACAAAGUCGGGAAAAUUCCUCUACAUCGACCCGCACGUGCCGAAUCUCCUGGCCAUCACCCCUGGAAUCGACCUGACCAAGACGGAAGCCUAUGCAUCAGGCAAGAUUAUCCUGCAAGACAAGGCAUCGUGCUUCCCGGCUUAUCUGUUGGACCCCCAGUCAGAAGACGGGGAUCUGAUUGAUGCGUGCUCGGCGCCUGGAAAUAAGACUACGCACCUGGCGGCUAUUCUCAAGGAACACCGACCCGAGUUUGAUGCACCGGAGCAGACGAUUUAUGCUUUCGAAAAAGACCCCAGGCGGGCACAGACGCUCGAGAAGAUGGUCAAGACUGCGGGCUCCAGGCCCAUGACACAGAUCGGAUUUGGACAGGACUUUUUGCAGGUGAACCCCGAGUCUGACAAAUACAAGUCGGUCGGGGCUCUGCUCCUGGAUCCGAGUUGCUCAGGGAGUGGCAUUGUCGGACGAGAUUCAAUGCCGGAACUCCAUCUACCAGACAGCCCUGCAAACACGGGGAAAGGGGCGGCUGCCAAGUCAAACAAUCGCAAGAGGAAGCAUGACCAGGUUGAACAACCUGAGAAGGUCAUCAUCGACGACGACGGGAACGAGACCGUUCUGGCGUCGGAAAAGGAUUUGGAGGCACGGCUGGAUGCUCUAUCAGGGUUCCAGCUGACCCUUCUUCAGCACGCGUUUCGAUUCCCUUCGGCGAGGAAGAUUACAUACUCGACGUGUUCCGUCCAUAUGCAAGAGAACGAACGUGUCGUCACGAGGGCUCUCGAAUCUAAGAUUGCCAAGGAGAGGAACUGGCGCAUCUUACGACGGACCGACCAGGUCUCCGGUAUGCGAGAGUGGCCCGUCCGGGGCCUACCCUCGGCAUGUGGGGACCAGACAGACGUGGCGGAGGCCUGCAUCCGCUCCUACAAGGACGACGGGCAGGGUGUCAUGGGUUUCUUUGUGGCUGCAUUUGUAAGA